CAGAGACAUUCCAGAGCCAAAGAGACGGACCAGCGGCCUAUCUCCAAAUGUUCACCCCUGAUCCAAAGGACCCCCCAGCACCUCCCACUUGUCUGGGCUCUGCCUCCACCCAGGACAUGGCGAGUAGCUGUCAGGAUGGCCGGGAAGAGGAAUGUCCCAGAGAACCAGAUCCCAAGCGCUUGAAGCUCUAUGGAGUGGGUAAUCCCAUUUCCAUGUUCUCCUCUGACAGCUCCUGCCUGUCCUUUCGAGGGAGAGUCAUCAAAUGGUUCUGGGACUCAGCUGAGGAGGGCUACAGGACCUUCCACAUGGAUGAGUACGAUGAGGACAAGAACCCCAGUGGCAUCAUUAAUCUGGGCACCAGUGAGAACAAACUCUGCUUUGAUCUGCUGUCCCAUCGGCUGAGUCAGAGUGAUAUGUUGUGGAUAGAGCCGUCCUUGCUGCAGUACCCCGACUGGAGAGGGCAUCUGUUUCUCCGAGAGGAAGUGGCUAAGUUCCUGUCUUUCUACUGCAAGAGCUCAGCACCCCUCAAGCCAGAGAAUGUGGUCGUUCUAAAUGGCGGUGCCUCUCUCUUCUCUGCUCUGGCCACAGUGCUGUGCGAAGUAGGAGAGGCUUUCCUGAUUCCCACCCCUUACUAUGGAGCCAUUACCCAGCACGUCUAUCUCUAUGGCAGUGUCCGACUGGUCUAUGUCUACCUGGACAGCAAGGUUACUGGGCAAGACACACGUCCCUUCCAGCUUACAGCAGAGAAGUUGGAGUUGGCCCUGCAAGGAGCUAAUGCUGAGGGUGUGAAGGUCAAAGGCCUUAUCCUUAUCAACCCCCAGAAUCCUCUGGGUGACAUCUAUUCCCCCAGAGAGCUACAGGAGUUCUUGGAAUUUGCUAAAAGGCAUGAGCUACACGUGAUUGUGGAUGAGGUCUAUAUGCUGUCUGUGUUUGAAGAAUCACUUGAGUACCGAAGUGUCUUAAGCCUGGAAAGGCUGCCAGACCCCCAGAGGACCCAUGUGAUGUGGGCGACAAGCAAGGACUUCGGCAUGUCUGGGAUGCGCUUUGGUACUCUGUACACAGAAAACCAGCACGUGGCUACUUCUGUGGCUUCCCUCUGCCGCUAUCAUGGUCUCAGUGGCCUGGUGCAGUACCAGAUGGCACGGUUGCUCCAGGAUCGUGACUGGAUCAGCCAUGUGUACCUGCCAGAAAACCAUGCCCGCCUCAAGGCAGCCCACACCUAUGUCUCAGAAGAGCUCAAGGCCCUGGGGAUUCCCUUCUUGAGUCGUGGGGCAGGCUUCUUUAUCUGGAUUGACUUGAGAAAGUACCUUCACAUGGCCACCUUUGAGGAGGAAAUGCUACUCUGGCGCCGAUUUUUGGAUAACAAAGUACUUCUGUCCUUGGGCAAAGCCUUUGAGUGUCAAGAGCCCGGCUGGUUCCGAGUGAUCUUCUCAGAUAAGGCCCAACGGCUUCGCUUGGGCAUGCAGAGGAUCCGACAGGUCCUUGAAAGCAAAUCUCAAGUUUCAGAAGAUAAUCUUCCUUGCCCGAAUAAGAAGCUGCAUGAUCAGCCCCGAUGAACUGUCUACUUACUGCCCCUGACCUGCACAGGCAGGAGCUGCAGAAGACUGACUGGAUGAGCCAUCUCUCAGCAGGAUUCCCACCUUAGCCCUAUCUCUGAUGACUUGCUUCCUGCCUUUGCCAGUGGCGUCAGGAAACUCUAUAAGCUGAGAUUCAUCCUUGGCCGGCUUUCCUUAUUCAGUAAGACUGGAGUCAGCCACUUGGCUCUGUUGUGAGUAGUUUACAAUGUGGGAAGUCGUGACUCCUGCUAACCACAGCCUUCAGCCUCCUGAGGAUGUGAGAGCAAACAAACAACAUGUACCUUCUUUGUGAUGGUGCCUUUGUGCCUUUUUCUUUGUUGCUAUGGAAACAAGCACAAGGAAACAGUGCCCAUAGAGAGAAUACCAAAGAAUAAAA